AGUCAGUUGCAGUUUUCCUGCUUUCUUCUAUCUCAUAUAUAUAUAUAUAUAUAUAUAUAUAUUGUAGUAUAUAGUAUAUUAUAUUAUAGCAGUUAUCUGGGUUCUGUUGUGUGAAAUGCUCAUUUGGGCAAGCAACGUUUAAAGGUGGAACUUCUUGUAAUUCAAGAAAAGAUUAUUCCAACAAAAGCCGUGAAAAAGCACUUAAAGUUAAGCACUUGUUAAAAACCCAUCUCUGUUCAUACUUGUUAUUUUGAUUGCUGCUUGAAGAAAAGCUCAAAUGAAAGAUUCAAAGUCUAAAGCAGAUAUGUAUAAACAAUAAAGCUCUCACAUGAACUGUAUCAGCACCAAACAUCUCCCCAUUCACAAAGCAAAGCAUCUCUAAAAAUCCCUCUUCUUCUUCUUCUUCUUCUUCUUCUUCUUCUUCACUUCAUCCAUGGCUUUCUCCUUUGCAACCCACUUUCACCGCCAUCUUCACCACCAAUCCACUUAUCUGCCAUGUCAAGUAACCUCUUCUCUUCCCCUUCUUCCACCAUGCUUAAUACCCUUCUUCUCAUCAUUGUUUCUUCCCUCCUAAUUUCCCUAGGAACGGAGGGAGCUAUCGGAGUAAACUACGGUACGGUGGCGAACAACCUUCCUCCGCCGAGGAAGGUGGCUAAUUUCUUAUUAGAAUCCACCAUUAUUAACAGAGUUAGACUCUUCGAUGCAAACCCAGAAAUCCUUGAAGCAUUUGCUCAUACUGGAAUUGCAAUCACCGUCACUGUACCCAACGAUCAAAUCCCUCACCUCACCAAGCUCAGCUUCGCUCAACAAUGGCUGAAAACCAACAUCCAGCCUCACGUUCCUUCGACCAACAUAGUCCGAAUCUUAAUUGGAAACGAAGUUUUAUCAACCGCUAACAAGAUGUUAAUUGCAGGCCUUGUUCCCGCCAUGCAGAGUCUCCACACGGCUCUCGUCGGAGCUUCCCUUGACCGGAGAAUCAAAGUUUCAACACCUCACUCGCUCGGCGUUCUGUCAACUUCCAGUCCACCGUCGACGGGAAAGUUCCGGCAAGGCUACGACACCCAUGUGCUUAAACCCUUGCUUAGUUUCCUUAGAGCCACCGAUUCUCCUUUUCUCAUAAACCCUUAUCCGUUUUUCGGAUGCUCCGCUGACACGCUGGAUUUCGCGUUGUUCCGGCCGAAUUCCGGCGUCUUCGACGAAAAUACCAAGCUGCUUUACACCAACAUGUUGGAUGCUCAGCUCGACGCGGUGUUUUCCGCCAUGAAACUCUUGGGUUUCAACGACGUUGAGAUUGUAAUCGCCGAGACUGGGUGGCCGUCAAUGGGGGACUCCGCGCAAGUCGGCGUCGACGCCAAUAGCGCCGCCGAGUACAACAGCAAUUUGAUGAGGCACGUGAACUCCGGCGCCGGCACACCGCUGAUGCCGAACCGGACAUUCGAGACGUACAUAUUUGCUUUAUUCAAUGAGAAUCUCAAACCCGGUCCAGCUUGCGAGAGGAACUUCGGUCUGUUCGAACCGGACAUGACCCCGGUCUACAACGUCGGAAUCCUCCGGUCCACGGCUAGGUCAACUUUUCCGAGGAAUCCAUCACCGACUGUACCCGUGCCGGCGGCGAGUGCUCCAUCUCCGUCGCCGCCUACGGAAGGAUCUGGGCUGUGGUGUCUCCCGAAAACGGGGGCCGAGACAGAAGCUUUACAGAGGAAUAUUGAUUAUGCGUGCGGGUCGGGUUUUGCGGAUUGUGGACCCAUUAAAAGUGGCGGUGCUUGCUUUCUUCCCAACACAGUCCGAGCUCAUGCGGCAUUCGCCAUGAAUGCUUACUAUCAAGCUACUGGAAAGAAUGAGUACGAUUGUGACUUUGAUCAAACUGGAGCCAUCACCGACGUUGAUCCAAGUUAUGGGAAAUGCAAAUAUUGAAUUGUGGCAAAGAAGAAGAAGAAGAAGAAGAGGAAGAAGAAGAAGAUGGAGACUUUCUUUGAGUGUAUUUUUUGGCCAUAGAUUAAAAAUUAGACCAAUAUAUUACUCUAAAUGAAAUUUUAAUUAAUUAAAA